AUGAAGCUAUCUCCAAGCAGGCUGGCCCUGUUGGCGCUUUGCUUGAUACAAUGGGUGUCCUGCCGUGUUGUGCAGUUCCAGAUAGAUCUGACCUGGGAAGACGUGGAAGUGGCCGGUGCCUUACGAAAGGCUAUCUUGAGCAAUGGACAGCUACCUGGUCCUGCCUUGUGGUUGAAGCAGGGCGAUGAUGUGGAGUUCUUGGUCAACAACUCGAUGCCCUUUUCGACUACAGUCCACUUUCAUGGUAUUGGGCAGCAAGGCACGCCGUGGUCGGAGGGUGUACCUGGACUCUCGCAGGCCGAAAUCCAGCCGGGUGACCAGUUUCUCUACAAGUGGAAGGCAGCCGAUUAUGGUUCGUAUGUGUAUCAUUCACACGAGAGGGCUCAAAUCAUGGAUGGUCUCUAUGGCCCCAUCUAUAUUGAACCUGAAGACUCGGUGACGAGGCCUUUUUCGUUGAUCUCUGAAGCGGACGAGCAGGCAAUGUUGGAAGCCGAAAAGCAUACGCAACCGAUUGUGAUUUCGGAUUGGAGGCCUUUUACCUCGGAGGAACUUCUACAGAUCCAAACAGCCUCUGGUGUCGAGAGCUACUGUGCCAAUUCUAUUCUGGUUAACGGAAAGGGUUCUGUGUACUGUUCUUCCCAGGACCACCUUAAUGCUAUCACGACGGAGCAGCAGAAACAGGCUCUUGGUAACUUAACCUUGACUGAUAUGGGAUGUCUGCCGCCCCAGCCUAUAGUGGGCACCUAUCCGGUUGAUCUCAGCAAGGUCCCCAAGGGCUUCUACGAAGGCUGUACGCCUAGUGAGGGACCCACGGAGGUGUUCAAGGUCAAUUCCGCUUUCAAAUAUGUUAGCUAUGACCUUAUCAGCAUGGCUGGUGCUACCUCACUGGUAUUCUCCAUUGAUGAGCAUCCAAUGUAUGUUUACGCCGUGGAUGGUCGUUAUGUCGAACCAUCGCUCGUUGAUGCUGUCACGGUCCCCAUUGGAUCGCGAUACUCGGUGAUGGUGAAGUUAAAGUCGGAUGAUGCCGGAGACUACACUGUCCGCGUCGCCAACAAUUAUGCAACCCAGCUCAUCAAUGGAACCGCAGUCAUGUCAUAUGGCAUCUCUACCCCGAACCCAAGCAGUCCCUCCCAGCCUUAUAUCAAUGAAGCCGGUUCCAAUGCUACAGCCACUGCGGUUUUCUUGAACGAAAGCAGUGUGGUACCGUUUCCCGUGGAGAUACCUGCUCUCAAGGCGGACCGGACCUACAUCCUCAAUGUCAACACAAUCAAUGCCUCCUAUAUCUGGACCCUGCGAAAUAGCUACCCCAUGUCAAAUGAGGAUCUAUCUCCUCCCGUGUUGUUCAACCUCAGCUCAAUAUCGGCAGCGUAUUCCGUGACCACCUUGAACAACACCUGGGUCGAUCUCAUCAUCAAUAUCACCACCAUGGGACAGCCGCAACACCCCAUCCAUAAGCACUCCAACAAAUACUUUGUGAUUGGGGCAGGCUCGGAGCCCUUUACCUACUCGUCUGUGGAGGAGGCCCUGGAAUACAUUCCGCAGAACUUCAACUUCCAGAGCCCCCAGAUGCGAGACACAUUCUACACGCCUGCAUCGAAUUCGGCGCCGUCUUGGUUAGCACUCCGCUACUUCGUGCAGAAUCCAGGACCAUUCCUCCUUCACUGUCACCUUCAGAUGCACCACAGCGGUGGGUUAGCACUGGCCUUGCUGGACGGGGUUGACGCAUGGCCGAUGGACAUUCCAGAGGAGUAUCGCAUGCCAAUUAUGGCCGAGUAG